AUGCAACGUCAAGCUCUGAUUGCUGCGGCGCAGAACAAAUAUGGGAGCGAGAUCGUCGCACCCAUCGUGCAGCGUCUUGUCCCCAGUCUAAGCCUCCUACCGGACGCUACGAUUGGACAGUCACUUGCAGAUCUGGGCCUCGACAUGUCUAAUGAUCCAGAGGUCGUUCUUGCUAUGUUGGCACGGUUCGGCGUAUCGGCGACAAGUCCCCCUACAAAUGAGCAGGUCGUCGAUGUCGUGCAGGGUCUUGCCCUCAUGGCCGCUGAGGGCCGGAUGCUCCCUGACGUGGGUACAUUGAUUCGGGUCCUGGCCAGCUUCGACUCAAACAUCCAAUGGGCCAGCAUUAUCAAAGCAUUUGACAUGCCUGAUAGGCAGGGUGUCGAUACUGCAACGCUGAAACUGCUCAUAGCGAUACUGGUCAACGCACCUCGGGAGGAUGAGGACCAUGCAGUAACGGGUUUCUGGCAGUUGUGGAACAAUCCCUUGUACCAGCUACGCUUGCUCGACGCCCUUUUAUCUCUGCCAGCAGACACAUUCAACUUCGUGUCAUUGCCCGGCCAUCGGAUCGUGACAGUCGAUGACGUCGCUAAUGCUAGCCCGACUAUCAAGUCCCUCGCAGCUAAUGUUCAGGGACACACUUGGAACUCGUUGGAUUUGUUCGAAGUGCUCGUGCGGCUUUCCGAGUCGGACUCCAUAGACGUCAGAAAUUUCGUGAGGGAGAUGUUGGACAAAGCCGUGAAAAUAAGCGCCGAAUUGGUUCAUAUGGGACUGCUCGAGGUACCUUCUGCACCAUGGAGCGAGAUUCGUUUGGACUAUACCCAACGGCUUCUGUCGAUGUUCUUGGCUGGACACCCCAAUCAUCAACUUGUGUUCAUGCGGAUCUGGCAGAUUGAGCCUUCGUAUCUGACAAACGCCUUCCGAGGUUUCUAUGAGGAAAGCCCGUUAAAUAUCACAAGGAUACUAGACGUAGCUCAAGACUUGAAGAUCCUGGACGCCCUGUUGGAGGUGCGACCCUUCACGUUCGCCCUCGAUGUUGCUGCGCUCGCCUCCAGAAGGGAGUAUCUGAACCUGGACAAAUGGCUUGCGGACAAUGUUACCGCCCACGGCGCCGACUUCCUUCACUCGGUCAUCGCUUUUCUGGACCUGAAGAUGGAGAGUGAGAAGGCAACCAGAAUCUCCGACCCUGUGGUGGAUCACCGUACAAUGCCCCUCAAUCCUCAGACCAUCACUAUCUUCCUUCGCGUCUUGCGCAAUAGCUCUAGUAUGAUGCACGAGAGCGACGUCGAUUACUGCCUAGAAGUCCGCAAUGCUUGCCUCCAGAUUCAUCCGCGUUUGAUGAACCUGGUCCCUGGGUCAGAUGUUGAACCUGGCUUCACGGUGGUUAGCUACUCCGCUGAGAUUGAAGCUGAGGUCGACGGCAUCUACAAGCAGAUGUACGACGAGCACAUAAGUAUCGAGGAUGUUAUCGCCCUUCUCCAGCGGCAUAAGACGUCCACCAAUCCAAAGGACCAUGAGGUCUUCUCUUGCAUGCUACACUUCCUCUUUGACGAGUACAAAUUCUUCCAGUCCUUUUACCCUCCGCGCGAGCUUGCCAUGACAGGCUUCCUCUUCGGCUCCCUCAUUCAGCACCAACUUGUCGACUACAUCCCUCUCGGCAUCGCAAUCCGCUACGUUUUGGAUGCGCUGAACUGUGCCCCGGAGACGAACCUGUUCAAGUUCGGUAUACAGGCCCUGUCGCGCUUCGAAUCGCGCCUAUCCGAGUGGCAACCCUUAUGCCAGGCCUUGUUGAAAAUACCUCACCUUCUUGAGGCCCGACACGACUUGGCAGCGAGCAUACAACGUGCCAUUGCGAACGCCAGCGACGACACAAAGGGAAAUCUUGACCUCCGGACACUGGGCGCUGGUCCUGUUCCGGAUCCGGUCCCCGUCUUCACAGCCAUCCAGCCAGACAUAUCCGAAGGGGAUCCUGUUCGCCCUCCCGAAGAGGUUACGGACAAGAUUCUAUUCAUUGUCAACAAUCUUGCUCCCUCUAACUUCGAGGCAAAGCUGGCGGACAUGCGCGAGCAGUUCCAGGAUCGAUUCUCGCGCUGGUUUGCCAACUACCUCGUCGAUCAACGUGUCAGCACAGAGCCCAAUAAUCAUCAGUUGUAUCUGCGCUUCCUUGACGCUCUCGAUGUCCAGCCCUUGAAUCGUUAUGUGCUGCACGAGACGCUCGUAAAGGCAGCCGCCCUCCUCAAUGCAGACAAGACCAUGCAGUUGACAUCGGAGCGCGUCAUUCUAAAGAAUAUGGCGUCGUGGUUAGGCAAGAUCACUUUGGCACGGGAUCGCCCAGUCAAGCACAAGAACCUGUCGUUCAAAGAUCUGCUACUUGAGGGGUACGAGAAUGGGCGACUCCUAGUGGCAGUACCGUUCGUCUGCAAGACGCUGGAGCCUUGCGCGCAAUCAAAGGUCUUCCGGCCACCAAACCCCUGGCUUAUGGCGGUAAUCAGCCUUCUCGCGGAAAUGUAUCAUUUCGCGGAUAUGAAGUCGAUUUUGAAGUUUGAAGUCGAACUACUGUGCAAGGCCCUCGACAUCGACCUGGACGCGGUACAGUUGACGGCAACACUCCGCAACCGUCCGAGUGCGCGAGAGUCGUUGGCCGGUCCUGGGCUUCCUGACUACGUCACCACGAUGGAGUCCAUGCCCAUGAACGAUUAUGAUCUUUCGAUGCCACCGCAGGCAGAGUCUCAGGUUCUCACUAUGGGUCCAAGCAGUCCAUCGGACUCUCAACGGGUCCUCGGCGCACACAUAGAAAAUAUCCUCUCCAGCAUUCUUCCUCGAGUCACCAUCAAUCCGCAGCUUUCACCCCUUCAUACCAAUCAAACCUUCAAACGAGCGGUGCAGAUGGCCGUCGACCGGGCCGUACGCGAGAUCAUCGUUCCUGUCGUAGAACGCUCCGUUACCAUUGCAGGAAUAUCGACCAGGGAGCUCGUGGCAAAGGAUUUCGCAACGGAGCCCAAUGAAGAAAAGAUGCGGCAGGCAGGUCAUCUUAUGGCCCAGAAGCUCGCUGGCAGCCUCGCCCUAGUGACCUGCAAAGACCCCCUGAAGAGCAAUCUGGGAGGCCAUAUUCGAGCCCUGUUGGUCGACUGCGGCUUCAGCGAGGUAAUUACGGAGGGUGGCAUCAUGGUUCUUGCAAAUGACAACCUUGACCUGGCGUGCCAAGCGAUUGAAAAAGCUGCGAUGGACCGUGCUGUCAUUGACGUCGAUGAAGGUUUUGCCGCUGCCUAUGAGACUCGUCGCCGUCAUCGUGAGCAACGUCCGACCCAAGCUUUCUGGGAUCCCCAGAUGACACAAACGGCUAUAACCUCCACCUUCCCCGAUCCUCUGCGCAUCAAAGCUUCCGGUGUGCAGCCCAUUCAAGCUGCGGUGUACGAAGAUUUCAGCGCUGACCCUAGGAGACGGGCGUUCACCAGCAGACCCAGUUCGACCGCUUCGUUUCCCCGUAAUGACCACCUCCCUGUUUCUGCAUAUGCACCUUCGCCUCUUCCUGAACAGACGAUGCCAAAUCAAGUGUUUCUGCGUCACCAAGAAGCUAUGGAACGAUUCAAUAUUAUGGUCAAGGACCUGGAGGCUCUUCUACUCCAGCUCCCCAUCCAAUCGUUGGCUGCAUUGCCCCCCAACCAUGAUGUUCGCCAGCUUGUCCGGCAGGUCCUGUUUCUUGCGAAUGAAUCGGUGGAUCGGCACCGGACACCGCUUCUCAUGUCACAGAAGAUCGUCCAGCUUCUGUACAAGACGCCCUCGCAGUUGGGCCGUGAGAUAUACGUCGCUCUGCUCGACCAAUUGUGUCACUCUUUUGAAGAUGUUGCGAAAGAAGCAAUCACCUGGCUGAUAUAUGCGGAGGACGAUCGUAAACUCAACGUCCCCGUAACCGUCACCUUACUUCGAAGCGGCCUCAUCAAUGUUGUACAAGAAGAUCAACAGCUAGCGAAGUUCUUGCACACAGACCCUCGACCCAGCUUGUUGAACUUUGCGGCGGAACUGAUUCGGGAAUGCCUUACCGCGGAUCCUCCCAUCGCGUCGCAGAACCAGUUCACUCACACACUCGCCCAAUUGUCUCAAGUCGGAAAGGGUAACGACGAGGUGAUCCGACUGCUGGAUGAUUUGCGAGGCGUCAGGCGUCCGUCUGCCCAGGCAGUUAUAGAUGGUCAGACCGUGAGACAGCCUUCUGUGAAGCCGGAGACUGAGGAACUGCGAGAGAAGCUCUUCAUCUGGUUCCAGCAGUGGGUCACCAUAUUCCAGCGAUCACACUCCCCCGAGAAGGCAUUCGUUCCCUUCAUCACUCAGCUGACCAAACAAGGCAUCUUGAAGGUAGAGGACGUGUCCUCAUUCUUUUUCCGUGUUUGCGCGGAGGCCAGCGUCGAAAGCUACAUUACCUGCAUCAACGCUGGGGAGUACGGUUACGCGUUCCAGGCCCUGGACGCCAUGUCAAGGCUGAUUGUCUACAUUAUCAAGUAUCAUGGCGACGCCUCCGGUGUCAAUAACGAUCAGGCCAAGGUCCACUAUCUGACCAAGAUCCUCUCAAUCUUCGUCCUCGUUCUCGCCAACCUGCACGAAGAGCAAGGCCCGCUGUUUCAGCAAAAACCGUUCUUCCGCUUCUUUUGCAGCCUGUUGAACGAUUUACACACCAUUGAAGCUAAUCUUGGCACAGCAUAUUUCCAAUUGCUUCUCGCCAUCGGUGAUACCUUCAGUUCACUUCAGCCGACGUACUUCCCAGGGUUCGCCUUCUCAUGGAUGAGCUUGAUCUCUCAUCGUUUGUUCAUGCCCAAGUUGUUGCUGUCGGAGAACCGGGAGGGAUGGUCCGCGUUCUACAAACUGUUGGUGUCCCUGUUCAAGUUCUUGUCCCCGUUCUUGAAGGCUGCGGACCUUGAGCCUGCCUCGAGAGACUUGUAUCGCGGUUCACUGCGUCUACUCCUCGUUCUCCUUCACGAUUUCCCCGAUUUCCUUAGCGAGUACUAUUUCACCCUAUGCGACGUGAUACCCCCAGGAUGCAUCCAACUCCGCAACAUCAUCUUGAGCGCAUUCCCACCCACAACUCUCCUUCCCGACCCCCAUCUCCGCAACGUCGACUUCGACUCUAUCCCAGAGAUGGGCCCUAUCCCUCCUAUCUUAUCCGACUUCACGUCGGGUUUGAAGGCUGGAGAUUUGCGCGCCUAUCUGGAUCAGUACCUGUUGAACCGCGGCUCUCCCUCUUUCUUACCUUCCUUGAAGGAGCGACUUCGACUCACUGGUAGUCCUGAGGACGCCUCGGAGGCAUACAACUUGCCAUUGGUGAACUCUCUCGUGAUGUACGUCGGCGUUUCGUCUGUCGCACAGGCCAAGGCUAGGAGUGGCAGCUCGUUGUUCACGCCAACUGAUCCUGGCGUCAUUGUCCUCCAAUACCUCGCUACUAACCUUGACAUGGAAGGCCAACACCAUCUUCUCGGCUCUAUGGUGUUGCAUCUGCGCUACCCGAAUGCCCAUACACACUGGUUCAGUUCGUUAAUGUUGUAUUUGUUCCAAGAAGUCAAGAACGACCAGUUUAGGGAGGUGAUGACGAAGGUCCUACUGGAACGGUUCCUCGUGCACCGUCCUCACCCAUGGGGCGCUCUGGUCACAUUCAUUGAGCUUCUCCGCAAUCCAAAGUACGACUUCUGGAGCCAGGAGUUCAUUCGUGUCGCACCCGAAGUCACUCUCCUUCUUGAAACCGUUGCGCGAUCCAUCUUCCAAUCCUAGAUCGUUUUGCCUGCUGUCGACCCUCGCUAUCUGUGAUAUAUAUUACGCCUGUCAUGUCCUCUUUCUCUGCGGGUUUUGUCAUCAUUGCGCACUGUAUUGUAUCAAGAAUUUCCUCAUCCCCGUGUUACAAAAGGCAUACGUGACGACUUGAACUUUGCUUACGGUCGGCUUAACGGAUCCACGCACAUACUGAUGACUACGAUUACUCUGAUUCUGUAUAUUGUCUCGCUGUAUCGCAUAUACAUACCACCCUAUAAUUUAGAACCAGGACAUGGCCUCGUCCCAGUCCCAAUUGUUCCACACUC